AUGGCAGACGCCAGAGAUUACCGUGUAGAUUGGAACGUAGGCUUCAACAUCGGCAACCAACCUCACAUGGUCAAGUUCGUCGUUGAGGAUGGACAGUUCAUUCACCAUAUGGAACUUUCGAUGCUCCAUAGACGGUCACAUCGUUUCAAGCAGCAUGUGGCAGGAGGGAUUAUGUUACCCCAUCGACUGGUUUUACACAUGCCACCUGUUUCGUCGACGACAUUCUUGACAUAUUUGAGAUGGGUCUACCGCAGAGAAGUCGGCUGCAAAGAUUCAGGAACAACGCCAUCUUUCGCGAGGGAGCUUCAUCGCCUGAUCAAACUAUACCAGUUCGCAGAAGAGCUACGAGACCUCGACGCCAAGGAUGCUGCAACUAAUAGCAUCAUGACCGCCUACAUUGACUCUGUGUCGCGUGGCGAAGGCACCAUCCCGUCGUACGUACUGCUCCAGAGGCUUUGCGCUGGUUACAACUUCAACGAAGCUUACAGACCAGGAGCGAUUUCCACCUGGGCCAAGGCCGAGAGAGACCGGCUGGAUACCAGCACGCUCGAGCUGCUGCUGGGCGGUCUUUGCUUCUUCGAAGGAAAGCCACCGCCGCACAGAGGACCGACUUUCACGGGGCCGUCGAAACCCUUUCUGUUCCGAAUGCUUGCGUCUGUAACUGAGAACCCAAGACUGGUAGGCCCAGGUGGGUUUCGCCACGUCAGCGUCUGCAAGUAUCAUUGCCACCCGCCGGAUUAUCCGUGUCCGCACAAGAAGAGCGCGGAAGAGAUGAAGGAAGAAGAAGAGCACGACGCACUGCCAACCCAAGGCGAGGAUCAAUCUCAGCCGAAUGUGCGGGAAGAGCAAGGCAACGGCAACGAUCGCUCCACAUCCCAGCAAAUUCAGGGGGACGAUGGCCCUCUGGUGCAGCAAGAUCAAGACAUUGAUGCGUUUACGCGGCAACAGGGUCAAAGCGGUGGUGGCUUUGACAUUCAACAAUAUCCAAGCAUCGACGGCCCUCUCGUCCAACAAGGCCAGAAUAGUGCUGGCCCCAUGAUACAGCAAGAUCCAGGGAACAACGCUGCCACUAUUUCACACGCGGAGAGCAACCACCACGCCGCAGCCUGGGCAAGCGACGGGCACGAUCUCUUCCACCAUGUACAAUCUCACGGCGUCGCGCUGAGACUGCUCCUCCAGGGCAAUCAUGACUCCCAAGUGCAGGAAAGCCACAGAAACGUCAGUGCCAUUCCACUUGAGAUGGACAAGGAUGACCACGCUGCAGCUUCGGGGCCCAAAAAGCCCAGGCCUGUACAGGAGCACAUACAAUCUCACGGAACCGCGCCCGAACAGCAACCUCAGAGCAACGGUGGCACCCUGGGGCAACAAGGUCAGAGCGACGACAGUGCCAUUGCAACUGGAACAGACAACAGCAAUUACGCCGCAGCUUUUGAAGGCAUCGAUUACGUGCCUCCUGAUGGAUGGGACAGAACCGUUCCGGAUGUAGACGUCGAUUUGGAAGAGUUUAUGUUCGGUUCGGAUGGACCAGAUGCAUGA